AUGGAGCGACUAGGAAUAUUUCUACUUUUCCUGAAUGGGAAGUUAGUCCAUCACAGGGAAAUCCAUGACAGGAACUUGUCAGACAUGAGUCAGGCGUUUACCCUCAAUUUAGACUCAAAACCAACUUCCGUUUUCUGCCAACUGGAAGAUUUUGGAUGUGGAGAUGGAGGAUGGACGCUGAUUAUGAAAAUUGACGGCAACAAGAAUACCUUUCACUUUGACUCGAAGUAUUGGAAUAAUAAAAUAGAGUACAACCUUCCUGGAGGGGAGACCGGAUUUGAUGCACAAGAGACCAAGUUACCAACCUACUGGAACACACCCUUCUCCAAGAUUUGUCUUGGUAUGAAGAUCGGCCAACAGAUCAACUUCAUUGCCAUCAACAAGCAGGCAAAAUCUCUCUACUCACUAAUCGCUGACGGGCAAUACCGCGCCACCUCACUGGGUCGUAACACGUGGAAGAUACUGAUUGGAUCACAGGCGUCUUUGCAAAACUACUGUAACAGGGAGGGGUUUAAUGCUCUUAGUGAAGAAAGCGGGGCUUCGAAAGCAAGAAUCGGUAUCCUUGGUAACAACGAGAACAACUGCAAAAGCUGUGACUCCAGAAUCGGAUUUGGUAUAGGCGGGGCUCACGAUGAAACCAAUACGUGUGGAAAUGAACAUGGAUGGAAGUUUCCCGCCACACGCAUCAAAGCCAUGGGGUACAUCUUGGUGCAAUGAGAGAAAACUUAAAUAGCGAAAGUAAAACCAUUCUUUAAUAUACUCAAAUGAACCAUAUACCCCACUCGUAGGUGUUAUUAAUGGCUGAAUUGAAAUAGUUGUUGUUUUGCUGUAUAGUGAAUAGCCGAAAAUUUUAAGAUACUGAUUUGACUUUCUGGUUAAUUAAAACAAACAAGCAAUAAUAAUAA